AUGCGAAGAAAUUGGAGAGGACGUUGGAAUCGUAAUAACAAUAAGUCAAGAAUAUCAACAGCAGAUAACAAAAGUCUCAACAAUUCGACAUUAAAAAAUUCUACCUCUAUCGCCGCAAAUUCUGUUAGAGCCCCAGCUAAUCAAGUUCCAAUCGUCAUACCAAUUAAUUCAGAGACAAGUGUAUGGAAAAUAUAUUUUCCAACUGAAAGUCAGUUGCCGACCCCUGAAACAAAUAGUAGAAUUGAAUGUUUUAAAAGGUAUAUUAGUAAGAACAAAGCUAUAUUUGAUUUAGAAAAAAUUGAUCAAACCAGAAGUGUACCAUUAGAUUUACAAACUUUGGUAAUUGAUGACGACUUUAAUAAUUACUGGUCAACAUUUCAAACAGAUCUAUUUGAGAAACCAGAAUAUACACUGCCACUAUUAGAAUUUUGUUUACAUGAGAGUCUAAAAUGUGAGUCAAAAGUAAAAGUAAGAGUACUAAACCACCAACCUGUAAUACCAAUAGCAAAUUUAAAAGUAAAUUAUUUUGGAAAAUUGGUUACAAUAAAAGGUACAGUCAUAAGAGUUGGUAGCGUGGGCCUUAUGUGUACCUCUAUGGCCUUUGAGUGUACAAGUUGUCAUGGAGUACAAGCUGUUAUGCAGCCACAAGGUGUUUUUACAGCACCAAAUUUUUGCCAGAGUUGCAGAAGUGGCCACAAAUUUGAACCACUACAGUCAUCUCCAUUUACAAAUACAACUGAUUGGCAAGUAGCAAAAAUACAGGAAAUACAAUCACAUAGCCUUUCUGGGACAAUACCAAGAAGUGUGGAGAUAGACUUACAAGGGGACCUUGUUGGUACAGCUUGCCCUGGCGAUGUUCUUUCUGUGACAGGAAUUGUACAGGUCCGUGGUGAGAGCAAAGGCGGAGAAGAUGGCAAACGUGCUGCGAGAUUAUUGCAGUUGUACUUGGAAGCUGUCUCUAUUCACAGUCAGCGGAACUUGAGCAAUCCUACACUGUCAUUUACAUUGAAAGACUAUUAUGCUAUUCAGGAGAUCCAUGCAACAGAAGACGUAUUUCGACUGUUAGUGCAUUCACUAUGUCCCACAAUAUUUGGGCAAGAGGCAGUCAAAGCCGGCCUCAUACUUGGUCUGUUUGGUGGCACGGAACACGAGAGCGCUCGUAGCAAUCCGCACGUACUCGUGGUCGGUGAUCCGGGCUUGGGCAAGUCACAGUUGUUGCAAGCCGCCGCACACGCUGCUCCUAGAGGUGUCUAUGUAUGUGGGGCGUCUGCAUCGGCUGGGGGCUUAACAGUAGCACUCGGUCGGGAGGCGGGUGGAGACUUCGCACUCGAGGCCGGAGCCCUAGUCCUUGCUGAUAAAGGCGUUUGCUGCGUUGACGAAUUGGAUAAGAUGCCAGCGCAUCAUAGCAGUCUCUUAGAAGCAAUGGAGCAAGGUCGCGUAAGCGUGGCAAAGGGCGGAGUUGUUUGUACUCUUCCCGCGCGUGCCACAGUACUUGCCGCUGCUAAUCCCGCUGCCGGCAGUUAUAACAGAGCUAAAACCGUGGCUGAGAAUUUGAAACUGAACUCAGCAUUAUUGUCGCGAUUCGACCUGGUUUUCAUUCUUUUGGAUCAACCAGAUGAGAAAACCGACGCAAUGCUCUCAGAACAUGUUUUAGCGCUUCAUUCAGGAUCUAAAGCAAAGAGAAAGGCAGGUGCUGGCACUAGUUCUAUGAAUACUUCCGAUGCUAGUCAAACUUCAAGUGAUUUGUCCUUAAGACAAAGGCUAAAACUUAAGCCAGGCGAAGUGAUAGACGCACUACCACUGGUACUCCUUCGUAAGUACAUAGCGUACGCACGCAGAUACGUGCACCCCAAACUCAGUACGGAAGCUGCGAACGCCUUGCAGAGCUUCUACUUGGAGCUAAGACAUAAUCAUCAAGCAACAGAUGGCACUCCCAUAACCACGAGACAGUUGGAAGCCAGCAUACGGCUAAGCCAGGCUCGCGCAAGAGUAAAUUUGAGAGAGGAAGCCACACUUGAAGAUGCGAAUGACGUAAUUGAUUUAAUCAAACACAGUUUAGUUGACACGUUCAGUGAUGAAUUUGGUAAUAUACAAUUGUCUAGAUCGAUUAAUGGUUCUGGAGUCAGCUCAAGAAAUAAGGUUAAAAAAUUCCUAGAUGCCCUAACAAGAAGAUCCCAUCAGCUUAAUAAGGAUGUGUUCACAAGACAGGAACUAAUUCAAAUACAUAAAGCGGCCGGCAUCGCGGGCGACGCAAAAGAUCUCAUAGAAGCAAUGCACACACAUUCCUAUUUAUUACUGAAAGCUUCAAAUACUUAUCAAUUGAUUGCUUUUUAA